GUACUUCUGAGCCACCCUGUCACCGUAGUCCCCUACUCCCUACAUAACAACACUAUAUCACAUUACCCUCAAACUCAAACCAUCCAAACACAACACAACCACCUUCUCUCUCUAACUUUCCCUCCUUCCCAAGCUCACCUUAUUACUACACUCUGCAAACACAAAAACCCCUUCUCUUCUUCUCCUUCUCCUUCUUCUCUUGAGAUUCCCGCCCAACCAAGAUCUUCACAGAAUCGCUUUCAUUUAAACCAAAGGCGGCGACCAUUUAUUUCUUCCAUUACAACUCCCCCCAUCUCUGACGCCAUUUUUCUCCGUGCACACUCUUCUCACCAUAAUUAACAAAAAUUCAAUAAACUAUUGCCGCAUUCAAUUCAUUCCAUUCCCUAACACGCUUCCAUAACCUUCUUCUUUCUUCCAUUCUUCCACUUCAACUUCUUCUCCUUUCACUCACUCUAGUUAAGUUCCGUUCUUAACAGUCUUCGUCUUCUUACGUAUCAGUACCACUCUUCACACGCACGUUCUCGGUGGGUUUGUUGGCAUGGCAGGAAACGAACCAAACGGUGGUCUGCCUUGUCGUUUUGUCUCGAACUGAAAAAAAAAAGUUGUUUUUUUUUUUGUUUUGUAAUAUACUAUAUAGUUUUUUUCUUGCGGUCGGUUUGAAGGAGAGUAGUUAGAAAGGUGAAAAAAAUGAAGUUCAUGAAGUUGGGUUCGAAGCCUGAUGCUCUUCAAGCUGACGGAAAAUCUGUCAGGUAUAUAUCGUCUGAAUUGGCUACAGAUAUUAUCAUAACUGUUGGUGAAGUGAAGUUUCACCUGCACAAGUUCCCUCUACUGUCCAAGAGUAAUCGGUUACAAAAGAUGCUGACAAAGGCUAAUGAAGAGUGUUCUGAUGAAAUUCAAUUGGAUGAUUUUCCUGGUGGUUCCAAGGCCUUCGAAAUAUGUGUAAAGUUCUGCUAUGGAAUGACUGUUACUCUCAAUGCUUACAAUGUUGUGGCUGCUCGUUGUGCAGCUGAGUACCUUGAAAUGACUGAGGAUAUUGAGAAAGGGAACUUAGUUUUUAAAAUUGAGGUGUUUCUUACCUCCAGUAUAUUUCGUAGUUGGAAGGAUUCUAUAAUUGUUCUCCAAACUACUAAAUCUCUUCUUCCAUGGUCUGAGGACCUAAAGAUAGUUGGCAGAUGCAUAGAUUCCAUUGCCUCUAAAACUUCUGUGGACCCAGCAAACAUCACUUGGUCUUAUACUUAUAACAGGAAGUUAUCAGAACUUGAUAAAAUUGUUGAGGACAAGACAGCACCACAUGAGAAAAUUGAGCCUGUUCCCAAGGAUUGGUGGGUUGAAGAUAUAUGUGAGCUUGACAUUGAUCUAUAUAAACGAGUUAUGAUUACAAUCAAAUCCAAGGGAAGAAUGGAUGGAGUUGUGAUUGGUGAGGCACUAAAAAUGUAUGCUGUAAGAUGGUUGCCUGAUUCUGUUGAUGCAUUGGUUUCCGAUGCUCAUGCCCGGAGGAACAAAUCUCUAGUAGAAACAAUUGUCUGUCUAUUGCCAUGUGAUAAUGGCAUGGGUUGUUCAUGUAGUUUCUUGCUGAAGCUAUUGAAAGUGGCCAUAUUAGUAGAAGCUGAUGAGUCUUCAAGGGGACACUUGAUGAAGAACAUUGGCUUAAAAUUGCAUGAAGCUUCUGUCAGAGAUUUACUGAUUCCAGCAAGGCUUCCCCUAACCACCAAAUUUGAUAUUGACCUGGUGCAAGAUCUUUUGAAUCUAUACAUGACUAACUUAAGGGGAAGCUGUGAUAUUGAGAUUGAGGAGAAGAAGAAAGACAAAGCAAACGAGUCUAUGUUAGGACAGAGGUCUUUAUUGAAUGUUGGCAAGUUGGUAGAUGGCUAUCUUGGAGAAGUUGCACAUGAUCCAAAUCUUGGCCCUACUAGUUUUGUCGAUAUUUCACAGUCAAUUCCAGAUUUUGCCAGACCAAAUCAUGAUGGUCUGUACAGAGCUAUAGAUAUCUACUUGAAGGAGCACCCAGGUUUGACAAAAGCUGAAAGGAAGAAGAUAUGUAGUCUAAUGGAUGUUAAGAAGUUGACAGUGGAUGCAUCAAUGCAUGCUGCACAAAAUGAGCGUCUUCCCCUUAGAGUGGUUGUGCAGGUUCUCUAUUUCGAGCAGAUCAGAGCCGCCUCCAACGGCCGGACACGUGGCAACAGUCCACGAGAUUCCUCGAGCACUCUUGUGAAUGGUGAUGAGGAGUGUGUGAAAACUGGGGGAGAGAUGUGUCAGUUGAAGAUGAGAGACGAAGAGUUUCAGAAGAAUGGGAAGCUGAACAAGAAGAGUAGCAAAAACAGCAGAAGUGGCAUGCAGUUGCUGCCAUCAAGAUCAAGGAGAAUCUUUGACAAGUUAUGGAUAGUUGGAAAAGGGCAAGGAGAGAACAGGAGUUCAGAGACUUCAGGGAGUUCUAACAGUCCAACAUCUGUAGUCCCUGGAGACACAAAAUCAUCUGGUUCAUCAUUGAGACACAGGAGGCAUUCUAUCUCUUAAGGGAAGGAGAGUGAAAUUGCUGUGAAGUGUAAAGUGUUAGGAUGUUAAAUUGUCUUGUUUUAUUUAUAUGCAUGCACAGAAUCAGGAAAAAGGUCUCUCACCAAGUUGCAAACAAAUGUAAUGACGUUAUAGUUGUGUCUUAAGUCCCUAUCAUUAUUCUGGCUAGUUUUUUGUCUUAAAUUCUUCAAAACCUGUCUUAUGCUUU